AUGUCGCUUUUCACGGGCACUUUCCACGCCUCUAUCCACCCCCCGACGCUUAUCCUCGAGGGAAACCGCGACAUUGCCCGCGGAACAGCCCAGAUUAACCUGUCACAGAAGAAAAGGGAUAUGUCGCUACAAAGCGCAAGCAAUAGCCCCAGAAUCAACAUUUCCAGGCGACUGUCGCGGAAAAGCACAUCGGCGACAAUUUCCAGCAAAGAGAGCAACAGCAGCAGCCUGUACGCGCUCAGAAGGCUGUCGAGGGCGAGCAAGAGCAGCUCAAUUCAAGCUUUAUCACCGAACAUUGAGGCGAAACAGCCAACAAGGACCAUUUCGGUUGCAAAGAUGGCUGCUGCAGCGGAGUAUGCCGCCGAAAUGGAGCUCGCCGAGGUUACGACAUCAUUAUUAUCGAUGCGGACAUCGGCAGAUCCUGCAGCCGCUUCUAUAAAUAUACAACACUCGCACAGUAGCUCCGGAACCACCGAUGUGGAGGUAGAAGCAGAAGCAGAAGCAGAAGCAGAAGCAGAAGCAGAAGCAGAAGCAGAGGCGGAGACAGAGACAGAAGCAGAGGAGUCUGACACCAACCUUUCUAAAGUCAAAAUCUCCAGCCCAUUAAAUGGCCCGACGCGCACUGGAUCUUCCGAAGAUUUUGCCAAGGCGACCGAGUACAUGCCACCUCCUGCUGUGACCAUUCCGGAGGGUGAUUUGAAGGCCGACGCUGAUUUGGUUCAAGCUGGUGAUAUAAACAUGACCGCGCAUACUGUCACUCCUCAAAUAACAAUAGUUGGGUCCUAA